AUGCGUCGAGUAGUUGCCCACGCUUUCCGAACCGCGCGCCGGUACCCACUGCGAAGGCCAUGCUUUAGACCAGUCAACGCACUCCACCAGCCCCGAUAUCAUGAUUUAGGCCUACGAGGGCUUGCAACGUCGAGAACCACUGUGCCGCGCCAUACCGUCAUUCUCCAGUCCUCCAUGAUCUUUAGAAACCUGUCUUUGGCUUUUGCUUCGAGUCUCGUAGCCACGGGAGCGUGGUAUGCCUAUACCGGAGGAUCUGAAUCCAGCGCUGUCUCUGGAACCAGCACGACGAUAUCCAGUUCUCUUCAUACUGUGUCAAAUGCAGCAUUAACCUCAACAUCAACCUCGGGGGUCCAGGUGGAAAAUGAUAAUUUCUAUACAACUACCAGUGUUGAUCAACCAGUCUCGAAACGAACAGAUAAUUCUGGAGAAAGAGUCGUAGGGAUGCUUACGCCCGAGCAAGCCACAGAACGACUUCGACGAAACGAGGAAUCAUAUUUUAUUGGACGUGGAUCUGGUGUUGUUCGUUACGAUGUAGUUCAGCUUCCUAGCAACGAUCCUAUUGAAGACGACCAUGCCGAAAAGGUGGUAGAAGUACCGAGUUCUGUUGCAGCAACGGAGAAUGGGGCUCCCACAAGCGACUGGAACUUCUGGGGUGUCUUUGAUGGUCAUGCUGGAUGGACCACUUCUGCGAAACUCAGACAAACCCUGAUUUCUUAUGUUGCUCGCGAACUUAAUGCCACGUACAAGUCGGCGGCUACUAACCCAGCUUUUCCCUUCCCCAGUCCAGAAGCGAUUGAUGCGGCUAUAAAGACAGGAUUUCUGCGACUCGAUCAUGAAAUUGUGAUAGAAAGCGUGGAAAAAGUUGUCAAGGCUAAUUCCAAAACCGUUGCGGCUGAACUUCUUGCCCCGGCUCUUUCUGGGUCAUGUGCCCUUCUUGCAUUCUAUGACAGCAGGUCAAAGUUGGUACGUGUUGCCUGCACUGGUGACUCUCGGGCUGUUCUGGGGCGCCGAUCGCCAAGCGGUAAAUGGUCAGCAAUACCACUAUCUGAGGACCAAACCGGAGGAACAGAAUCCGAAGCUAAACGGCUGCGUGCUGAACACCCUGGGGAAGACAACGUCGUCCGCAAUGGAAGAAUCCUUGGUGGUCUCGAACCCAGUCGCGCCUUUGGCGAUGCCGCAUAUAAGUGGCAGCGAAAGACACAAGAGAAAAUCAAACGGCACUUCUUUGGGCGGACCCCCAACCAGCUCUUAAAGUCACCCCCAUAUGUUACUGCAGAACCAGUUAUCACAACCACCAAAGUUGACCCCUCUAAAGGCGACUUUUUGGUACUGGCCACAGACGGCUUAUGGGAAAUGCUAAGUAAUGAAGAGGCUGUUGGUUUAGUCGGACAGUGGAUUGAACAUCAAAAAUCCGGUGGACAGAAUGGAAUGGGAAACUGGAUGAAGAGCUGGUUCAGCAGCAACGGAUCUUUGCCUGUCGAGAUGGAGUCGAAGGAAAAACAAUCCGGCCAGAGGUUGCCCAUCCGCCAAGUUCAAUACGAGAUUCCCCAGGAUACUAGCCGUUUCGUGGUAGAGGACAAGAAUGCGGCUACUCAUCUGAUUCGAAAUGCUCUGGGAGGCAAGAACAGGGAACUAGUUUGCGCUCUUCUUACCCUUCCUAGCCCCUACGCCAGAAGAUAUCGUGAUGACCUAACCGUUGAAGUCAUCUUCUUCGGUGAAGGUGAAAACAAUGGUUCGGUCAGCGUGAACCAGGAUGCCAGUGCUUCAGUACACAAGAUACCCCCUAAGUUAUAA